CUCUCGCAUCACGAGCAGCAGUACCACCACCACCAGCACCCAACAAUGUGCUAUAUCGUGGUAUAGAUAUAUACGCACAUGUCAGACAGAGGAGCAUGACAAAAGGUGGUACAAGAGGGUGACGCCGUCGCGUUUGAGAUCACUCGAGUGAGUAUUUGCCCGGGCGAGCCGGGUAUCCGUGGUCCAAGUAUAUUAAAAAAUUAUUUUGACAAUAAAAAAAAAAAAAAGAAAUUCAUUCAACAAUACGUGUCAUACUUUUUUUUUUUUUUUAAUUAAAAAUAUUCAAUAAUGUCUAUUUUUGAAUAAUUCUACCACGUGUACAAAACUGAACAAAAGCUAGGUAAGAAAAUUUCGAAAAAAAAUGUGCUUUUUUUUAAGUGUGAAAUAACAGAAAGAAAAAAAAAAAAAAAAAGAUUGCUACCAGCAUUGUGCCAAUUUAAUUAUUUAAUACAAGUGUUGUAAAAUAAUUUUUUUUUUUCUUUAAAUUUAAAAGUGACGUAAUAUAAAAUUAAUAAAAAAAAAAAAACUACAUAAAUAAAAUAGUAAUAAAUGGCAAAAAUACCAAUUAAAUAUUUAAAAAAGAUUAAUUGUUAAAUCGCAAAAAAACACCGAACGGGUUUCAUAUAUAAUAUUAUAUAGUAAAAGUAGAUAUAAUAAAAAAAAAAUUUUUUUUUUUUUUGUUCUUUUUCUUUGAUGUAUAAAACACACACGCCCAGGGAUUGCUUAUUGCUACGUCACAUGGAUAAUUCUGAUUGGUUGAAUAUUGUUAACAUGACGUCACGAGACAAUCGUCAAUUGGCUGAAUAAAAGUUGAGCCAGAGUCCCGGACACGUGAAUCGUGGCUAAGAAAGCAUGGCUGUGCGCAGUGGUUAACACUUGUAAAAAUGUUACUGCCACGCGCCAGAUCGAUCAGGUUAUAAAGUGUAAAAAAAAAAAAAAAUUAAAUAAUUCUAAUAAAAUCAAAUAUUAAACUCUCAAAGUUUAAUAAACAAUAAAUAAUAUUUUCAUCAUAUCAAGCAUCUCUAAUAACAAUUUAGAAAAAAAAAAAAAAAAUUUCAACUUAAUUUUCAACUAAAGUAAACGGUGAAUAAUUAAAAAAAAAUAAUGAUAAAAUUAUUAUCAAUAUAAAAACAAUAAAAAAAUAAAUAAUCUGAAUAUAACGAAUUUAUAUAAAAAAAAAAUUUACAAUAUACACGUUGCUUUAUCGUUUCAAGUGUGCUCUUUUCUCGCUCUCCCCCCACCCCUAUUGCAGGGGGCAUGUACGUGCCUGUUAUUGUACAUACACAUGUAUACGUGCAUAAUCAACGAUUACAUAUAUGAUUAACGCGUGUGUUAGUUAUUUGUGCAUCUUGUGAUAUUAUUUUUUUUUAUCAAAACUCCGUGGACAUUUAAACUGUUUUUUUUUUUUAUUGCUUCUUUGUUUAUCAUUAUAAUAAUAACAUUAAUUAAUUUUUUUUUUUUUUAUAAAUCAGAUUGGCAUAUACUCUUUGUAACGUGAUUUUUAAGAGUUUGUCCUUACUUGGCAUCGUGUUAAAAAAUAUAUAUAAAAAACAACGAUUGAUUUCUACGUGAAAGUGGCAGCGUGACUUGGGGUCCUGCUUCCCCAUUCUAUCUCAUUUUUUUUUUUUCCCCUUUUAACUCCCCCCUGCUCUCAAAUUCAACGCAAGCACCAAAUCGACCGACCAACCAAAUUUUUAAUUUAAAAAACAUUCCAAUCAAUUAUCAAGGAAUAAAAAGUACAUAAACAAGAAAAAAAAAAAAAAAGCAAAAUGAGUCUUGAAACAUUACUAGAAGCAGCUCGGUAUGUCGAGCAGCAAGCAUUAAAUAGCAGAGAUGCAAGUACAUCCUCGUCAUCUGAUCAUUCGUUUGCUGUUGCGCCGCACUCAAAUCAUCACAACUCAAACGAGCCACGUGGUGUAAAAAUAAAAAGAGAACGUAUGGAACCUGAUGAUUUAUUGUGUGAAGAAAAAAUGCUCAUAAUUGAUGAAGAAUAUCCACAUGAAAUAAACAAAAGAAAUGGCAAUUCAAUAUUUCGAGAGAGUCCAGUUAUAUCAAGAGCACCAUCAAUAAUUCAUCAUACUGAAACUCAACAUCAUCAUCAAAUUGUUCAUCAAAAUAAUCAUAAUAAUACAACGCACCAGACAUUUAUUGAUAAUAACAAUGUAAAUCACGCACAAGCAGGAGCUGGAAGUACUGGAUCACUCAUUAUUGACGUUGAUCAAACUCAAGACAAUAAAAAAAAUAAAAAUGGACCAUGUGUAAUUAGAUCUGGUACACGAGAAGUUCAUAAUAAAUUAGAAAAAAAUCGUCGAGCACAUUUAAAAGAAUGUUUUGAAAUAUUAAAAAAACAAUUACCAGCACAAGACGAAAAAAAGUCAUCGAACCUGUCUAUACUUCAUGCUGCAAUAACCCAUAUAAAGAUGUUGAAAAAAAAAGAACGUGAAUAUGAGCAUGAAAUGGAAAGAUUAGCACGUGAAAGAAUAUCAUCACAACAAAGGUUAACUCAAUUGAAAAAAGAAUUAUCAUCAAAAUGGGAACACAUUGAUUUUAAUAAACUAUUACCAGAACAAAUUUCUACUGUUGAUUCAAUAGUUAAUAAAAAUGUUACAGAAAAUAUGGAUGUUGAUGUAACGACUUUAGCACGUGAUGGAACAAUAUAUAGUAGUACAAGUAGUCUCAGUUCAAGUAGUAUUACAGCAAGUUCACCACAAAAUCAUCAAACAAGUACAACAUCAUCAAUGCAUAGUCAAGUUUCAACAGCAGCUGUUGUUUGUCAAACCCAGGGUCUUAAUUUGGCUAAUAAUAUUAAUAACAACCACAAUAAUAAUAAUAAUAAUAAUAGUAAUAAUAAUAAUACCAAUAGUAGUAUAAAUAUAAUAAAUAAUAGUAAUAAUAGUUGUAAUAUUAGUAAUAAUAAUAAUUUACGUGAAAGUCCAAAUUCAAGUCCUGGUUCAACAAUAACAAGCAUUCCAACAUCAGCUCAAGAUAAAUUAAAUAAUUCCAAUGUACAUCAAAUACAUCUUCCGUUAAAUGCACAAGUUAUAAAUACAAAUCAUCAAAAUAUUGCAACAAUAAUGCCAGCAUUACAACAUUUAGGACCAGGAAUAAGAGUUAUACAAGGUGAUAGACAAUUAUUAGUAACUCAUCCUGGUAAUAAUGAACCACGGCCAUUAACAAUUGCUGUACAAAAUUCAAAUGAUCAAACAACAAGACCACUUAUUGUACAAUCAAAUUCAACUGGUGAUGCAAGACCAGUUGCACUUGUUGUACAUUCAACAACUCCAAAUGAUAGAGUUACACUUCUACAUUCAGGAAAUGAAGGAAGACCAUUAGUACUUGCACAUCCACCACCAUUAAAUAACACGACUGCACAAACGAGAAUAAGAUCGGUUGAUGCACAAACAUCUCAUAAAAUGAUUGGUGGUGUUACUUUGGUUGGUGGUAAUGGUUCAGAAUUAACACGUUUACCUGGUGGUGCUGAAUUAAAUAUACUACCUGGUGUAUUUCGUUCUGUUAAAUCACAACCUCUUACAGUUCAAGGAGGAUUGUCGUUGAGUCAUACAGGUAUAUCUCUACAAUCAUCUAGUGGUAAAUCAACAUCAUCAGUUAUACAAACAACUUCAUCAUCAGAUGGUAUUGCUCAUAUUGUAACACAACAUUCAUCAUUAACUGGUUUAACACCAAUGACUGUUGUCUCACAAGGAAAUCAAGUUACAGCUCAUAUAUUAGGUACAUCAAAUUUAACUGGAAAAAUGAUAACAACACCAUUACUUAAAUCAGUUAAUCAAGUACCAAUUGUUAAUGCACAAUAUUUAAAUACAACAACACUUGUUAAACCAGUUGUUGUUGUUACAACAUCAUCAAAUUCAAUAAUAUCAUCGUCAUCAUCAUCAUCAAUACCAUCUAGCACACAACCUUCUGUCACUUCGCAUUCCAAUGUUUGACUAAAUCGACAACCAACUAAAUUCGUUUGAGUUCAAAUGACUUUAUUUAUUUAUUAUUAUUUUUUUUUUCGUUAUUUUUUCUUAUUAAAUUACUAUCAUUAUUAAAAGUAACUUAUGAUUUUCAUGAAUAAUCAUAAAUUAUUAUUGUAAUUCAACAAUUUUUAGUUUUUUUUAAAAAAAAAAACAAAAAAUGUUAAAUUAAUUGACAAUGAUGGAUUAUUGUUUAAUGUCAUAUUUCGAAAUCCAAUUAUACUAUCGUAUGUGGUGUAAAUUAAUCAAAUCGUAAUUAUACCACAUACAUCAAAACAGAAAAAAAAAUAUGAUACAUGCAGUAUGCAUCCUUGAGUGACGUUUAAAAAAUGUUACAUCAGUCAUCAGAUAAAAUUAACGUAACAUUUUUAUUCAAGUGAUUUUUUUUUUUUUUCUUUUCUUUUUAUAUUAUUUUUAAAAAACGUACUUUGGUUUAUCAGCUACUUCGGAUGAUAAUACUAUUAGUCUUUUGGUAAAAAAAAUUAUUUAUUUUAUUCAAGUUUUCAAUUGACGCUUAUUAUCAAUUAUGCGUUAUUUAUUUUUUUUUUUUGGAUAAUUAUAACCAGUGAUUGCUUUAAUUAAGAAAAAAAAAAAACUAAAUUACAAGACCAAAGGCAAAUACAGAUUCAUGCUUAUUAUUAUUACUUUUAAAUGUAAUUAUAAAAAAAACAAAAUCGCAAAAUAGAUAAAUGCGAAAUUAAUAUUAUAUAUAUGUUAACUACUGAAAUUAUUUAAUUUUAUUAACAAACAUACUUUAUAUUCAAUUUUAUUAUCAACAAACAAUUGUUGAGUGUUUUUUUUUUUUUUUUUUUUAAAUAAGAAAAUUGAAUUCACCCCCCAAAUGUUCGAUAAUAAAUAAUUUCUUUAUAUGAUUUUCAUGAAAAAUAAUGAAAAAAAAUAAUGUAAAAUUAAUUUUAGUCUGUUAAUGUAAAAAAUAAUUAAAUAAUUUAAGUUUAAAUUAUAAUGGUGUCAGGGAAACACGAUGACUUUUCAUUAAUCGUUUUUAAUUUUUUAUUUGUUUUUUUUUUUUCGGGAGUUGAGUGUAUUGUAUAGAAAAAAAAAAAAAAGAAAAAAUAAUAAUGAUUAAUGAUUAACACAUUGCGUGCCUAUUGUGUUCAUUAAACAUUUUUUAUUUAUAUAAAAAGAAAAAAAAUCAUUGUAUAUUGUAAUUAUUUUAAAUAUUUUUGGAGAAACUUGUUAAUUAUUUUGGCUAUUGAAAAUCGAUAAUUGAAUCAAUGUUUAAAUUAUUUGAACGAUUUUUUUUUUUUUUUUUUUUUUAUAUAAAUAAUAUGUAAAUGGUUCAACGAAAUAUUGAAAUGCUGAUUAAAGUUUGUAAAAAGCAUGUUUAAUUUAUAAAUCGAAAAAAAAAAAAAAAAAUUUAAUUACUUAAUUG